AUGGUGAGAUAUGUCGAGGUACCCGUCAAACAGCAAGUGGUGAGAGAAGUCCGAGUUCCGAAAGUGGUUAAAGUACAGAAAAGGGUGCCGCAAGUCCAGGUUCAAUACAAGGAUGUCCACGUCCCCAAGAUCGAAUUCAAGGAUAAACCAAUCUAUACUGAUGAUGUUAGAGAGAACGUAAUUUACAGGCCGAAGGAUCAGUACAUAGACAUACCCCAACAGUUUGUGGAGUACGUGCCACAAGUGGAGAAGCGGGUGAUCGAGAAGUGUGUCAGUGUGCCAUCCGGAGACGUGCAGGAGAUAUAUCGACCACAUCGAGUGUAUGACGACGUGCCGGUUCCGUACUACCAGCAUAGUUCCCAGACGGUGCCCGUGGCGCAGAUGUUUGAGCCUUCCAUUACUGUGUCCACCGAGGCGUACAAUGUCCCGUCAGAUGUCUGGGUGCCGAAGGUGGUGCCCUUCGACAUUUACAUACCCAAGCUGGUGGACGCGCCUCUAUACGAUAACGGCCAAGUAGAAGUAGAAGAAUACCCCGUGAACGUUCCAUGGCCUCACAUGCGACACUUGGAACAGCACUUCAACCCUUCGUUGGGUGAAGACCUCCGCGUGCCGCAAGCCCAUUAUCACUCGACGCAUGCCAGACCCACCACCGUCGGCUACGACCACGGGGUCUCCUACCCCCGGACCAACGGACGUGCCUCUCGCUUCUAUCCCGAGGAGGCCUAUGAAACCUACCACGGACCUACGUAUCACGGAAAUACCUACUCUGGAGGAGGAGUCUACACCAACGGCCAAGGCCACCAUGGCCGCAGACGCCAUAACGCCAAUGUUGAGUCCGCCAGGACUUGGUUCCCUGCGUACGGCAAACACCAUAACUACGCACCCCGCCAUCUAGUCUCCUACGGCAGCCACCCCGCCGUCGUGCCCGCAUCGUAUACGCAACACUUCUAA